GAGAGAGCAUCCUGCUCUGGGCGCCUCAUUACUUAUUUGUCAGUUCUCGUGCGCUCCUGUACCUGCUCUCCAUGCGCUACAAUCUCACCUGAAUUGUUUUAGAAAUGGCUUUUCCUCCCUACUACGCUUUCGGUGAUUUUAACGACUCGGUCUCCAUAACUCCUUUCAAUGUAACGUUUACCGAGGAUCCGCUGCGCGUGCCCUCAAACAGCACUGAGACCAACAAGGCUACAGCCAGGAACAGUACAAGUCUCAUCAUCGCUGUCUGUAUCACAGCUCUCUACUCUCUCAUCUGUGUGGUGGGACUGCUUGGAAACGUGCUUGUAAUGUACGGGGUGGUCAGGUACACCAAGAUGAAGACCGCCACCAACAUCUACAUCUUCAACCUGGCUCUCGCCGACGCUCUCGCCACCAGCACCCUCCCCUUCCAGAGCGCCAAGUACCUGAUGAGCACAUGGCCCUUUGGGGAGGUGUUGUGUAAAGUGGUCAUCGCCAUCGACUACUACAACAUGUUCACCAGCAUCUUCACGCUCACCAUGAUGAGCGUGGACCGCUACAUCGCUGUUUGUCAUCCGGUGAGGGCCUUGGACUUCCGCACGCCUGCCAAAGCCAAGCUCAUCAACGUCUGCAUCUGGAUCCUCUCCUCAGCCAUCGGAGUCCCUGUGAUGAUCAUGGCUGUUACCAUGGUGAAAGACGAAGGAAACACUGUCUGCGAACUCAGUUUCCCCAAACCUGAGUUGUACUGGGACACAGUGAUGAAAAUCUGCGUGUUCAUCUUCGCCUUCGUGGUCCCCGUCCUGGUCAUCACCGUCUGCUACGGUCUGAUGAUCCUGCGGCUCAAGAGUGUCCGUCUGCUCUCCGGCUCCAAAGAGAAGGAUAGGAACCUGCGACGGAUCACCCGCAUGGUCCUGGUGAUUGUGGGGGCCUUCAUCAUCUGCUGGACUCCCAUCCACAUCUUCAUCAUUGUCAGGACCAUGGUGCAUAUCGACCGCAAGAACCUCCUGGUGGUGGCCAGCUGGCAUCUGUGCAUCGCGCUGGGCUACACCAACAGCAGUCUCAACCCUGUGCUGUACGCCUUCUUGGAUGAGAACUUCAAAAGGUGCUUCAGGGAUUUCUGCCUGCCCUAUCGUUCCCGCCUGGAGCAGAACAGCUUCUCCAGAGCGCGCAAUAGCAAAAAGGAGCCCGUGUCUGUUUGUGCUCCUGCGACAACACAGAGACCAACAGCCUGACUAGGCAUGGAUCAGUUGGGGGAAAGAACAGAUCUGGGGGACCUCCAGACCGAGGUCACACAGUUCUCCAGCACAGGAGUCUGAGUCUGCAGAUGUCUGCUUUUGACCUGCUAUUUAUGUAAAUUAUCGAUUGUGUUUUUGGUUUCAUAUAAUGAAACUUGUGAGACACAAUUCUUUAACAAACAUGCCUGUGUGUGCCUGUGCAUAAGGAAAUGGAAUACAGAUGUUCAUCCUUGGAGUGUACAAAGCACAUGCAUAAUGCAAACACACAUACAGUGCAGUCACAAAGUAUUGGGAUAGUGAUGUGUUUUUCAUUGUUUUGGCUCUGCACAA